AUGAGCGCUCAAAAGAAAGCUAUCGUAUUCCUAUGUGAGGGUGCAGAGGAGAUGGAAUUCACAAUCUCAGUCGAUGUAUUGCGUCGUGCUAAGGUAGAGGUAACAGUCGUUGGCGUUGAGCUUGCUAGCGAUGCUGCUGUUUGCAGCCGUGGCGUAAAGAUUACUCCUGAUGUCAAGUUCAGUGAAUCCCUUAAGGCUGAUGACUAUGAUGCAGUGAUUAUUCCUGGUGGCAAUGGCAGCGCAAAGACAUUGAGUGCUCAUGAAGGUGCCAAAAAGUUGAUCAUGGAUUUCUACAACAGCAAGAAGAUUGUUGCAUUUGUUUGUGCUGGAACUCUAGUAGCAAAAGCAGCUGGUAUUCCUAGCAAGCAUACUGUUACUUCAUAUCCUGCUGUCAAGGGGCAAUUAGACAAUGUCUACACUUAUUCUGAAGAUCGUGUCGUUGUCGAUGAUAAUGUCAUCACCAGUCGCAGCCCAGGAACUAGCUUCUUGUUUGCUUUGACUAUUGUCGAGCAGUUGGUUGAUGUCAAGACUGCCAAUCUUCUUAGAGAUGAAAUGCUCACUUGCUCUUCUUUGUAA